GGUGGGAGCUUGACAAUGUGCACACCGCGCAGGAAUAUCCGACGCAAAUCCGGCUUUGUUUGAUCCGCAUGUGACACAUUUGGAAGAUUUAAAGACUCCUGUAGAGAGAGAACAUGCACUAACUGGACUGUACCUGUGAAUCCACAUAAUCAGCAGUAAACCUGAGACCAUCCAUAUCGACUGUGGACGUACUGAGGUCAGAAUCUCUGCGGUGUGGAUGUAAGCUUGUAAAAGGGAGAGAACAAAAUCAUUCACGCUCAUCACCCUGAACAGCUCUUCCAUCUCUAGAGUUUCUUUCAUGCGACUCCCUGCGCUGGACUCCUCAGCCAGAAUGAACUGCGAGCAGGAUUUCGGAGACGGGGGCAUGAACGUUACUCUUACCCUCAGGUUGCUCAUGCACGGCAAGGAGGUCGGGAGCAUCAUAGGCAAGAAAGGAGAGACGGUGAAGAGGAUACGAGAGGAGAGCAGCGCACGUAUCAACAUCUCUGAGGGAUCGUGUCCGGAGAGGAUCAUCACCAUCACCGGCCCCACUGAGUGUGUGUUCCGCGCCUUCACCAUGAUCACCAUAAAGCUGGAGGAGGACCUGGCAGCCCUGGUGGCGAAUGGCACAGUGACCACCAAGCCUCCGGUGACGCUGCGCCUGGUCAUCCCCGCCAGCCAGUGCGGCUCUCUAAUCGGCAAGGGCGGCUCCAAAAUCAAAGAGAUCAGAGAGAGCACAGGGGCACAAGUUCAGGUAGCAGGAGACUUGCUCCCGAACUCCACAGAACGAGGCGUGACGAUAUCUGGAAGCCAAGAGGCCAUCAUCCAGUGCGUUAAGCUCAUCUGCACCGUCAUACUCGAGUCACCUCCGAAGGGAGCCACGAUUCCGUACCGCCCUAGCCCCCUCCCUGGAGCAGUACUUCUCUCCGGAAAUCAGGUUUUCGAAGCUUCUGAGUUUGGCUCUCACCCGCUGUUCUCAGUGGCUCAGGGAGCGCUGGAUCUGCAACAAGCGUACACUGUACAGAACCAAUAUGGCAUUCCACACUCAGAGUUGGCCAAGCUGCACCAGUUGUCCAUGCAACAGGGUCUCACAGCGAUUGCUCAGCCAGCAGCUACAGCCAUCCUACCCGCAGGCAUGGAGUCCAGCAACCAGACAGCAUCACAGGAGCUUCUCAUUCCAAAUGACCUAAUCGGUUCCAUCAUCGGCAGACAAGGUACGAAAAUCAACGAGAUCCGCCAGGUAUCCGGCGCUCAGAUUAAGAUCGGCAGCCAGCUGGACAGCACCAGUGACCGACACGUCACUAUCACCGGCUCCCCGAUCAGCAUCAACCUCGCUCAGUACCUCAUCACGUCCUGUCUAGAGACCGCCAAAUCCACCGCCCAGUCCUCCUCCAUGUUGAGCCCCGUAGACCUGAACAUGAGCUUCACCCAGCCCGCCACCCCUGCCUCGUCCUCCGCCGCAGCCCUGGCAGCGAUGGGCGCUCUGCCCCACGCUCCGAUCCUGGGCACCCCCUAUGCCCUCCCCCUCUCCAGCAUCCUGGGAAUGAAGUCGAUGCCCUUCCUGGCGCUCUCGGCUCCCGCCGGGACAGCCGCCGCAGCAGCCGCCGCCCCGGCCCACGCCACCCUGGCAUCCUACACUGCCAAAAUCUCCUCUGCCAAUGGGAUCAAGAAGCCUGAGCGCCAGAAGUUCGCACCCUACUGACCUCCGGGACCUGCAGGCGAGGACUUCCUCCUCCGUUAUCUUGUGGUAGCUGUGUAGUUCAAACAAAACAGACUUUACUGUUUCUCUUCUUUUGUCCGGUAAUUUUAUUUGAAUAGAGCUUGAUGCGUAGCCUGUCCUGGAAUCCACUAAGAGGACGAUAGCUUAUUUAAAUUGUUCUAUUUAUGUUUUUUUCUCUCCGGCUGAUGUAGCCUCUAAAGCCAUAGCCUAUUCCUAACCUGAAAUUUUCUCCCGAAAAUACUCAUCUCUUGUGUACUUUUAUUUAUUAAUAAAUAUGACGUGUUCCCGUGAGGACUUUCUAAAGUGAAACACUGGUGACUGAUGCUAAACACUUCUGUAUCAGCUUUUAUACAAUAUCUGUGUUUGCCUCUGUAAACAAAUAAUCAUUUUUUAAGACUUUAAACGAUGUAUAAAAAUGGAAAAAAAAAAUUUUAAUGAAAAAAAGGUUAACAGGUUUAAAUGUUUUAAUGCUUUUGGUUCUGUUUGUGUUUCGUCACAUAUUUGAGGUUAUUUAUUUUAUUUAUUACCACACGCCUUUUCUUUUCCAGUCAACGUUAGGUUUUCAUAUCGGCACAUAACGCCACUUUUACCUACAUACAGUUUCCUGCUCCGCUCUUCACCUACAGAGGCUCUUUAUUAGGAAAGGAACGUGAAUUCAGCCUGGCUAAGAAUAUAAUCAUGUACACAAAUUAUCUGGUUUUGUGGUGCGCAAGUAAAUUGUGGUUCGCCGACCGCAGUUAUACGAUGGUAAUAGGUCUCCGUGCACGAUACGGAUCUCCGUAUGAACCCGCCUCGUGCAGGUGAAAGGGGGCGUGUGUUAUUUACGAACCUUCUCGGUCCGGAAUGGAGGUCUGCAGCAAUACAGAGGCUAAAUUUUCCUCCCCAUUUAUUCAUUCAUCAUUCUUAUCCACUUAUCCAAUCAGGGUCGCGGGAGGGUGCUGGAGCCUAUCCCAGCUUUUCAAUGGGCGCAAGGCACACAGUAACACCCUGGACGGGACGCCAGUCCAUCUCAGGGCAGACACACAUACACACACACCCAUUCACUUAUAGGGCAAUUCAUUGUCUCCAAUUAACCUGGCUGCAUGUUUUUGGACUGUGGGAGGAAACCGGAGCUCCCGGAGGAAACCCACGCAGACACGGGGAGAACAUGCAAACUCCACACAGAAAGGACCCGGACUGCCCCACCUGGGGAUCGAACCCAGGACCUUCUUGCUGUGAGGCGACAGUGCUACCCACCGUGCCGCCCCUCCCCAUUUAGUCAUGUUCAAUUACUCGAUUUGUAUUUCUGCAGAAAUAUAGGCCGAGCCCCGUAGACCUGAACAUGAGCUUCACCCAGCUUCCUCGUCCUCCGACGCAGCCCUGGCAGAGAUGGGUGCUCUGCCCCACACUGCAAUCCACCCCCUACACCCUCCCCCUCUCCAGCUUCCUGGGAUGCAUAAACAAUGAUCUGUGGAAGGUUUCUGCUCUACCUGACUGUGUGGAGUAUCCCUAGUAAAACCAUGGUAGCAUGGUAGCAUAAAUUACACAUAGCUACCAAAACAAGUAAAUAAUGAUAAAAUAAUUCCGUUUUUAACGUUGGCGAACUGAGGCUGAGUAGGGUGGGUGUAUAAAGAGCCAGAUUUUCCUCUGCUGGUGUAUUAGUGCUGCUAUGCAUGGUGAGCUGAGCUAAAGCUGCACACAUACUGACCGUUUAACAAAAGCAAUACUGGACUAUAGGGUUAAAUCCUACUCAUGUACACAUUAUCAUUAUUAUAGACUAAACUCAGCCAUGAUGCGCAUCAACUGUAGCGAAUCUGAUCACGCGACUACGUUCUGUUUCAUUUUUAUUUGAAUAUAUAUGUAUAUGAAUAUAACUCACUUAUUUUUGUAAAGCCAGAUCUUAUGGACUAAACAUGGUCAUGCCGACUCACCAGUUCAUGUUUCGCUGUGGUUAACGUUGACCUUGUGUUUUUUUUUCCUUUCUUUGUUUACCUUCUAACACAUCUCACAUAGUCAUUUGCAUGAAUUCAACUUGGCGUCUAUGCAAAACAUCCCUGGUUCGGCGAGGUUUCCUGUGCCGCGCCUCGUCGCCAGCCGCUGCUCACGGGCUGGUCAGAACGAACGGCGGGGCGGGCGCAGCGAGGGGCCGGGAUGCUCUGAUCAUGAAUCGUGUGAUCUAUAUAAUCUCUAUAUUUGUCCUAUUGUAUUCAUUCACUCAUUCCAGAUGUUAUAAGAUGUAGUAACCGCCACAUUACGCUGUAGAAACGUGAACAGGGACGUGUGGGCAGCGCAGCGCUCUGACGUGCCACGCUGAGCUAGAUCGCGAUGAUUCCGCCACGGCCGAACGAUAGACGAGUGUGAAACGUUCGACUGCUUUACUACUCGCUCUGAAAACGUCUCGAAUUGCACCCGGGUCUCACUUCCUGUCGCCCGGCUCACUUGUGUGACUUGAUUUUUUGCUCCAUUCAUUAAUGCCAUAUGAACGAAUAAAAUACUGUAUUAACUCA